AUGCGACAGAAUUGCCAUUCAAUCUUGAAAUGGUCUUUCUUAACAGGAACAUCAACAAUUUUAUUGAAAUUAUGUUAUGAAAAUUUUCUAAGAAGUGCAAUAACAACAACAAAUAGAUCGUCGUCAACCUAUGAAAACGCUCUGACCUCUUGGGCAUCAACGGGAAAGCGUUCCAUAGCAAGUCCUACGCGACUAAUCGAUACAAAACUUCGCGAUGACCUACAACUUAUUGGUGCACAGGUCUAUUUUCGACAUGGCGCUCGCACACCUCUUCAUCUAUUACCUGGACUAGAAGAAAUAUCCUAUAGUAAAGAACAUAUUGGGUCUUAUCCCUUCUCAAAAUGGGAUAUCAAAUUAAUUACGAAACUAGGCAAUAACGUCGUUUCCAGAGAUAAGAUUUCUUCAGCGAAUGACAUCAUCGGCGAUCGAGUUCGGCAUCUCAAGGUAGAAAUCAAACCGAAUAAUGAAAAGAAAACUGUUCAUUUUCAGUCUUCGUCAGGUGACAGAGUCGUGACGGGACAGUUGACCGCUCUUGGUGAAAAGCAAUUGUACGAACUUGGAAAAACAAUCCGAAAGGAAAUUAUCAAAGAAGAUGGUAGUGGAUUAAUACCGAUGGUUUAUGAUCCAAAGAUUGUCUAUUGUCGAUCGACAUUUAUGGAUCGAACUGUGGCGAGUGCUCGAUCGUUUCUUGCCGGAUUAUUUUCAUCGCCUGAGAAAGGUGAUAAAAUCCAAGCGAAAGGUGCGUUUGAGAUCGAAGUGCAUAAUUUUCCGGAUGAAGAUAUGUUUCCAAAUUCUCAUGCUUAUCCAAUUCUAAAGAAAUGUCUGACAGCCGUGCAACUCUAUUCUUCAUUACACGACGAUCACGAUCUUAAAAAAGCUCGACAAGCUUUAAUUGAUCGAAUUGGUGUCACCGAUUAUAGUGACGGUAUUCUCGAAUUGUACGAUGAUAUCGUUUCAAGACAAGCACAUAACUUCUCAAUUCCAAAAGACUUUAGCGAACUAACGAAAGAUUUCGAAGUGAUGUCGGCACGUGAAUUUGUUUCAAUGGCAACAUCCAUUGGCUUUGAUGUCUUCAUACGUGCAACCUGUGGACCUUUAUUAUACUUAAUGAGAGAAAAUUUUGACUCCAUAGCGAAGAAUUACCUAGAAAAUAAUGAAAACAAAUCUUAUCAAAAACUGUUUCUCUAUUCCGGUCACGAUACAACUCUAGUUCCAUUAGCAAUGGCACUUGAGAUCUUCGAUAUGCGUUGGCCAAAGUAUGCAUCUCAUAUUCUCAUGAAAUAUUUCAUUUCGAAAACUAAUCCCAAAGAAACAUACGUUGCCGUUAACUAUGCUGGUGAACCGCAGAUCUUACCAAAUUGUGAUAGCUACUAUUGUCCUUAUUCGACAUUUAUGGGAAAUUUACAGAAUCGUUUUGAAAAACCCAAAUUUAUCAACAAACAUUAG